CCGUGAUGCCCUGCGGCGCGCCGGACGUGGGAGACCUGGGCCAUGCUGCGCGCGCUGCGAGUCCUGGGUGGGGGGCCCCUGUGUGGGCCUCCGGCCCCGCUGGUGCUGCCCGUGCGGGGCCGCAAGACCCGCCACGACCCUCCGGCCAAGUCCAAGGUCGGGCGCGUGGCGACCCCGCCCAAGGUGGAUCCUGUAGAAUUAUUCUUGCUGACGGAGCGUUACCGGCAGUACCGCCAGACGGUGCGUGCCCUCAGGCUGGAGUUCGUGUCCGAGGUGCGGAAGAAGGUGCACGAGGCUCGGGCCGGGGUCCUGGCAGAGCGCAAGGCGCUGCAAGAUGCUACCGAGCACCGCGACCUGAUGGCCUGGAACCAGGCGGAGAACCAGCGGCUGCACGAGCUGCGGUUAGCGAGGCUGCGGCAGGAGGCGCUGGAGCAGGAGCAGCGGCAGGUGGAGGAGAAAGCUCUGCGGGCCAGAGAGGCGCAGGCCUGGGCGCAGCUCAAGGAGCAGGAAGUGCUGCAGCUGCAGGAGGAAGCAAAAAAUUUCAUCACUCGAGAGAACCUGGAGGCACGGGUGGAAGAAGCUUUGGACUCGCCGAAGAGCUACAACUGGGCCAUCACCAGAGAGGGGCUGGUGGUCAGGCCACAGCACAAGGGCUCUUAAGGGCCCAGUAAGGACAGCAGCCACCUAGGGACCAUGUGUGUCUGGGGUAGGAGGGUCGGGCCUGAUCUGCAAUAAACGUGUUGAUGUUUCUUAUGAAGAAGGAGGCUCAACCUGUUCGGUGUGGCCCUCACAUUGUGGCCUCUGCACCCACCACUUGGUCAGACAUUCCCGUACACAGUGUCCUGUUCUGCACCUGUGUACAACUCAGCAAAGCACCAGACCUUAGACGUUCCUGUCUCACAGAGGAGCAGAAUGGACCAUCGUCCCCUUAGGCAACCAGGUCAUCUACUAAGUGUCAUCAAGGACAAGGACAGUGGUUGGCAAAUUAGAGUCCUUGGGCACAAUCUGGCCCACUGCCUAUUUUUUGUAAAUAAAUUUUAUUGGAACACA